AUGGCGCUGGCGGCGCUGCUGGCGGCGGGGCUGGCGGCGCUGGCGCUGCUGCAGCGGCUGCUGUGGCCGCGGCUCUGGGCGGACGCCGCCUUCGUGGCGCGGGCGGCGCGCCUGGCGGCUCGGUUCCUGCGGGCGGCGCGGGCGGCCCCGGCGCGGCCGUUCCUGCGGGCGGCGGCCGGGCCCGUGCCCUACGGGCGGGCGGCGGCGGCGGUGGCGCGGGUGGCGAACGCGCUGCGGGGGCGGCCGCUGGCGGGGGGCGGCGGGGAGCUGGGGCCCGGCGUGGCCGUGGGGCUGCUGGCGGGCAACGAGCCCGGUUUCGUCUGGGGCUGGCUCGGGCUGGCGGCGCUGGGGGCCCGGGCCGCCUUCCUGGGCACGGCGCUGCGCCCCAAAGCGCUCCGCCACUGCCUGCGCGCCUGCGGGGCCAGGGCGCUGCUGGUGGCGCACGACCUGUUUCCCAUGGUGGAGCCGAUCCUGCCCAGCCUGCAGGAGGAUGGCAUCGUGGUGUGGGUGCUGGGCGCGGGGCCGUACCCCCCCGGCGUGGUGGCCCUGCAGGAGCUGCUGGAUGAGGCCUCGGAGGAGCUGGAGCCCGAGGACGUGUGGCAGCCCGAGGACAUGAACGACACCUGCCUCUACAUCUUCACCUCGGGCACCACCGGUCUACCCAAGGCCGCCCGCGUCUCCCACCUCAAGUCCAUCAUGUGCCUGAGCUUCUACGAGCUGGUGGGCGCCUCCAGCCGCGACGUGGUGUACCUGGCGCUGCCGCUCUACCACAUGGCCGGGUCGCUGCUGGGCAUCGUCGGCUGCAUCGGCAUCGGGGCCACGUGCGUGCUGAAGGAGAAGUUCUCGGCCAGCCAGUUCUGGGACGAUUGCCGUGCCGAGGGCGUCACCGUCUUCCAGUACAUCGGGGAGCUCUGCCGCUACCUGGUCAACCAGCCCCAGUGCCCUGGGGAGCGACAGCACGGGCUGCGGCUGGCGGUGGGCAGCGGGCUGCGCCCUGAUGUCUGGCGGCGCUUCCUGGAGCGCUUCGGGGCCAUCCGCAUCGUGGAGACCUACGGGCUGACCGAGGGCAACGUCACCCUCUUCAACUACACCGGCACGCCGGGCGCCGUGGGGCGCAGCAGCUUCAUCUACAAGCUCUUCUCGCCCUUCGAGAUCGUGCGCUACGACGUGGCCAAGGGAGCCCCGGUGCGGGACGCGGCCGGGCGCUGCAUCCGCGUGGGGACGGGCGAGACGGGGCUGCUGAUCGCCCCGGUGACCCCCCGGACCCCCUUUCUGGGCUACGCCGGCAGCCAGGAGCUGUCGGAGCAGAAGCUGCUGCGCGGGGUCUUCGCCGAGGGCGACACCUACUUCAGCACCGGCGACCUGGUGGAGCAGGAUGCGGCCCAGUUCGUCCGCUUCCGCGACCGCACCGGCGACACGUACAGGUGGAAAGGCGAGAACGUGGCCACCACAGAGGUGGCCGAAGCCCUGGCGGCCCACGAGGCGCUGCAAGAAGUCACCGUCUACGGCGUCAGCGUGCCAGGCCACGAGGGCCGUGCCGGGAUGGCGGCGCUGGUGCUGCGCCCCGGCUGCCGGCUGGACGGCGCCGGGCUCUACCAGCACGUGGUGGAGCUGCUGCCCCCCUACGCCCGCCCCCGCUUCCUCCGGCUGCAGGAGCGCCUGGAGAUGACGGCGACCUUCAAGCAGCAGAAGGUGCGCCUGGCGCAGGAGGGCUUCGACCCGGCGCGCGUCCCUGACCCCCUCUUCCUGCUGGACGAGGCCACCCGGGCCUACGUGCCCCUCGGCCCCGCGCUCUGGGAGGACGUCGUGGCCGGGCGGGUCCGGAUUUAGGCCGGUGCCCCGAGGGGCCGAGUGGUCCAGGAGGGGGUGGCCCACGGCGAUCCGUGGCUGGCUGUCCUGCAGUCCCCACGUCCGUCCUGCAGUCCUCACAUCAAUCCUACAGGCCCCACGUCCAUCUUACAGGCCCCACGUCCAUCCUGUGGUCCCUAGGUCUGUCCUGCGGUCCUCAUGUCUGUCCCGCAGCCCCCACGUCCAUCCUACAGUCUCCAUGUCCAUCCCGUGGCCCCCACAUCCAUCCUACAUGCCCCACAUCCAUCCUGCAGUCCCCUUGUCCAUCCUGAGGUCCCCACGUCCAUCCUGCAGUCCCCAAAUCUGUCCUGCGGUCCCUAUAUCCAUCCUACAGCCCCCACAUCUGUCCUGGGGUCCCCCCGUCCGUCCUGCCAGCCCCAGGUCCCCCCCGUCUCCCUGUCCCCCCCCAUGGGGCUCCUGCCCCAGCCGCCGGUGCCUUCCCCCUCCUCGGGGCCCUUUCUAUGUAAAAUUCUCCCAUUUCGGGUUGUUUUUUUGGCAAAUAAAAACUUUUUGUAGCAAG